AUGCGUGCGUGUGCGUUUGAACAUUAUAUCGAACCGGAACUAAACCUCCCGUUGCACCCAAACCAACAACAGAAUGGUGGACGACUCAGUACGUACACUCGUUCAAACACUCAAACAAUAACUGCAAGCAAAAUCAAUGGAAAUGAUGCACCAACAGUUACAGAACCGAAAAUUCUCACAACACGUGCUAGUGUACUACCACCUAAUUCUGCAAAUAAUAUUCGUACACGUCCACCUGUAGCAGUGCGACCAAUUCAAGCCUAUCGUGGCUCCCAAACAUCAUAUCUAAAUAAUGGAAAAGUUCCAACUGCACCGUCAUCAGUACAAAGAACUGGUAAGAAACCAGCGACGGAUUUCGGUUCUACAUACACAACCAAAGCGUUUUCAUCAAACGAAAAUGGUUUACUCAAUGACGUGAGUAACAAACCAUUAACAGAACCUGUCAGAUCUCAUUUGGCACCACAACGUCGUACUCUACUACCACAAUCGGCGACAUAUUCAUCUGUUGAUCAAAUAUCAUCAGCAAAUCCUCCAUUGAAUAGACACACAACUGUAACACGUAGUUCCUCAUCGCUCGGUCAAGGAAGAAAGAGCGGCAUUCCAACAGUUGGAAAGCCACAGAAACCAAGCACGGCAACUGUGGCACGGCCAGUGUCGUCGCCAAUGAAUCCUUCGUCUCGAACAUCGAAUAAUAUGAUGGUUACUCGAAUUAUUCGCUCUGGAGUUGUCCCACAAUUUUCUCAUCUGCUCAAGCAACGGUGA